UGGAAGGGUGGGGGCAGAAUGUCCCAUAUCUGCUACGGUGGGGUUCUUACAUCAUCCUCUGAAACAUUUUUUACUGGCUACUGUUGUAGACAGGGAACUGGAAUAGAUGGACCUAGUUUCUGUAUCCAUUUUCCCGUUUUUGCAAAUACAUAUCGACCUCCACCCAUGAAAGGGAUGAGCCUACAUCAUGGACCACUGCAGGUAAAAUCUGUUUGGGGAAUACUGAACGGGCCUCUUUGCUUUGCAGUGAGAGGAAUUGCUGACUCUGCUGUGCUCAUCCAAAUGGCAAAAUGGGAAGAUCUAUGGGUCCCAAGUUUCCAGGACUUCAAGGAAAGGAAACUCUCAAAAGACACCCACACAGGCACCCAGGGACCAGGAACCCAGAACUUUGCGAGAACACCUAUGAAUGACAUCUUAGGGUUUAAAGAUACUGGAAGGGUGUGUAACCAGAGACAAACAGGGAUUUUACAUGCACUGCCUCCGCCAUGGACAGUGUCCAAGACUCCAGCAAUGAUGAGAUUGCAAGUGAGAGCGAAGAGGAUGACAGUCCUCAGCCAGAAGGGCCUGAGAAAGUGGAGCCUCAUGGGACGUUCUCAAGAAGAUCCAAAUCGAAUGUUUCCCAGAAUCAGCAGAGCUCAGAAAAGCAGCCGCAAAAGCCUGCAGGGAAGAGACGGGGUAAGUCUGCUCCCCAGGAGAGAGCUUUGGGGAAGCAGCAGAGAAUCCACAAAGGGGAGGUGCCCAAUGCGUGUCUGGAGUGUGGGAAAGUCUUUGGCCGGAAAUCGCAUCUCAUUAGACACCAGAGAACUCACCGGCGAGAGAAGCCGACCAUUUGUAAUGAGUGCGGGAAGAGCUUCAGUCGCAGCUCAACCCUCAUUGAGCACCAGAGAACCCACACGGGCGAGAAGCCCUACAAAUGCACCGAGUGUGGGAAGAGCUUCAGCCAGAGCUCCCACCUCAUCACGCACCAGAGGAUCCACACCGGCGAAAAGCCCUACCAGUGCACUAUAUGCGGGAAGCGCUUCCACCAGAACUCGCAUCUCCUGACCCACCAGAGAACCCACACGGGUGAGAAGCCCUACCAGUGUACCCAGUGCUGGGAGCGCUUCAGCCGUAGUUACACCCUGACCCGACAUCAGCGGAGCCACACGGGGGAGCGGCCCUAUCAGUGCCCUGACUGUGGCAAAUGCUUCAGCCUCAACUCCACCCUCCUCAGCCACCAGAGAACACACACGGGCGAGAAGCCCUACAAAUGCUCUAAGUGCGGUAAGAGCUUCACACGGAGCUCCACGCUCGUCCAGCACCAGAGAACGCACAUAGGGGACAAGAUCUAUACGUGCCCCUGCUGCAACAAGGUGGCUUGCUCUAGCCUGUUCUUCUGAGUCGGGCUGCGGGACCUGCUCCAGCGUGUCCUUCUGAGCCCGAGCACGGGACCACUUCAGCCUGCCAUAGGAUUCCUCUUUUCCUGUUUGUGGUUAGAUCCUAAAGAGCAGGGACUGCCUAGGCACUUGGAGAUGCUUUUCCUGUAGGAACCACGCGAGCACAGCUCCUCAACAGGGAAAAGCUCACACUUUUGUUUUAGUUCAGCGACUUUCCCUCUUGUGCAUGUGCAUGCUGGGGGAAUGUAAUACUUCCCUUACAUCUCCCUCCUGAUUUCAUAAUCCUGUGCACUUCAAUGCAUUUCAGGAUCUCGGUGCUUCACACACACGAAUGAAGUAGGCCUCCCACAGGUUUGAGAGAGAGGGACAUUUUAAAAAUAAAAAAGGGAGGUGAUGUGACAUCAGUGAGUCACCAGCAGAGCUGUCACGCUCCCCAGCCAGAAUUCCUCACUUGUCCCGUAUUGCUGUCGUGUUUCCUGUGUGAGAAAGGAGAAAAGCGAGGGCAAAGUCCCUUUUCGUGAGGUCUGCGAGCUCUGCCAAAAUACAUUCCUGGGGCUCUUUUGCUCAUGAACCUCCCAGCCUUGAAGUUCUCUGGGUGUGAUGAAUGUAAGUCCGUAUGACCUUCACACAGGGCAAGAGUUUCUCUUCCUUGGUGAAAGAGCACUGCUACUCUGCCGUAGUGGGCAAUGCCAGUGACUGCGGUGUGGAGGGCUCUAAGAAAAGCAGACCAGAUCAUAGCAGAACAGCCUUCCAGAGUUAACACACCUGGAGUUCCCUGUUUUGUUGGUAGUGGGGAGGAAACCUUUUCCUUUUUGUACGUUGUACCUCUUUAUAUUGUUGAUAAAGAAACCUGAUAAUUAAGCUCAGGAGAGAUACAGUUGUAUGAUAAUCUCUCUGUCUUGUUUGACCUAACACGUUUCUGAUAGGAAUUGUUCAUUGUUUCUUUAAAGCCCAAUUGAAUUGUAUGGACCCGCAAUAGCAUAGAAAAGGCCUGGAAAAGUACCUGCUUCACUUCAGACCAAAGCUCUGCUGGAAUGAACUUCAGACCAAAGUCCUUGUGGAGCAAGUAAAUCCAACUCUUUCCUCUGAAGUCAGCUGAUCUGCAACUUCUUGAGGAUUGUCUUUGCUGCAGAGUUAGCUCUUACCUGGUGUUGCCCCUAAUCUCAUCUCCCACACAACCCUCUCACACAAAUUAAUUGUGCUUUCUAUCCCAGCUAGCUGGCCUGGCUACAGCUGCAGGUUGGAGCCUGGGUACUACUUUCACUUGGAUUGGUAACCCGCCCAUUUGCAAUGAAGGUGCAAGAUAAAUCACUCGAGCGCUGAUAGUCUUCCAAUGCCUUCCCAUAAUUCCACUGUGUGCCCUGAAGGACUGACCAGUUCGCUAGGAAAAAAUCAGAGUGGCUGAUCUUACUGCAGCACCAAAAAACCAUGGGAUGGACUUCUAGAAGUCCUAGCAAUACAUGUGGGGGAGCGAAGCACCAAUAAGGACACUGUAAUGUGGGUGUGGAUUUAUAGGGUGGUCACUCACGCCUGGCUGCUCAUGACCCAAGCUAACUGUGCAGUGAAGACAUACUCUAAGGAUUUUUUUGAGCUGUGUCUUAAACCAGUGGUUCUCAACCUUUCCAGACUACUGUACCCCUGAAUGAGACCCGCCGCACAGGGCUAAAGCCCGAACCCUGCUGCCCAGGGCUGAAGCGUGUAACUUAGGGGGUUCAGGUGGCCCCAGGCAACUGCCCUGCUUGCCAUCCCCUAAUGCCAGCUCUGCACUUGCAACCCCCUUAAACCCGUCCCACGACCCCCGUGAGGGUUUCAGCCCACAAGUUGAGAAACACUGAUCUAGAUCAGUUGACGUACCCCCUGAAAUACCUCUGCGUACCCCAGGGAUACACGUCUGGUUAAGAACCACUGUGUUAAACCAUCUACAUUUGAAAAUGCCGAGUCACCAGCUGGGAGACGGUUCUGAAUGCAAGAAAAGCUUCAGUCUUGACUCAACACUUGACUGCCACCAGGGAACCAUAAAUGGGCUGCAAACUGUCUCCCUCUUCCUGGCAAGAACUCCCGCAGUUUGCUGAACUCCCUGUAUGAUGUUUAGCUACCAGCUUAGGACUGGCUUAAAAGGAUGAUACUUUAUCUUCUACAAAAACAUCAGCGUUGAGCGAGCGGCUAGAAAAUGAAAAUUAGGUGGUCCUGCAGUUAUCAGAAAAGCCGGGAUGGAACUGAAAGAGAUGCUUGAACAGGAGCCAGUGUUGAAGUUCUACAUAAGUGGAAGGCCUAUGAAAAUCUUAAGAGGUGCCUCGCAAUUUGAUUUCGGGGAAGUCAUUUUGCAGUCGUGGGAAGCAAGUUGACAGCUUACAGUUUAUGCAUUCAGGUCACACAGGUGCAGAAACUAGAUGCACAAAUACAAACAGACCUGUUAGGAAUAUUGCUUAAGUGCUAAGAGAAAUUUUGACCGGCGGGCAAAGGCUGAAACACAUCCAGAUCUCUGAUACCAUAUUACCUGUUCUAUAAGGAUGCAAAGUAUGAUGAUAAAGCUACAGAUGUGAGAGAAAGCUGUGCCAUAGUAAUGAAGUGUUGCCGGCUGCUGCCCUAUCCAUACUUGCUGUGUUAGAGAAAGGAGCCGAGGAAGCGAGAGUUGGAGAUAAAACCUUGGCGAUCCCUUUUCACAGCAAGUGAAAGGCCACAAAGAGGGAAAACGCUGAAUGAAACAAUUAUGAAAGGACAGCCAAAGGUAACGCACAGCAGUCAGCACGGGACUAUGGAGGUUACAGAUAUAAAUGUACAGCAGUGAAUGGCAUGAUUGUUCAUAGACAUAAAACUAUUAUACUCCCGUGAAUGCUACAGGGAGGCUAUUUGGGAAUCGUACGUCAAAGAAAUAAACCCAGAGGCUUCUCACAUGUGAACAAGCUAUUUGUUCUACUUGAGAUACAAUCUACAGACCCAUGAUUCCCUGUCUGAUACUACAGAGACUAUCAAAUGGUCAGAGAUGGGCCAAACCAGGGUAUUCCAGUGCAGGGUUUGGAAGUUUUGCGGAGGUUUGAAUCUGGAUCUGAACUGCUUGACUCGGGCCCGGCUAUACCAGCGGACAUUACAGAUUCUUAUGUGGCAAAAAACAAGUGAAGUUUGUUACUGAUCAUUGCUCUUUGCACCCUGAAAUGUGAACAUUUGAAAGUAUCUUUGUAAGACAUGGAAUUCCAGAUAAAGACCCAGAUUUUUAAAGGUAUUUAGGCAGUGUUCCAUUCAGCAUUGCAAGGCCUAAGGCCCAGAUUUUAAGGGUAGUUAGGGUGUCUAACUCCCAGUGGAAGUUAAGCACCUAACUACCUUAAAAAAUCUGGGCUUAAGUGACUUAGCCCUGGUCUACACUAGGGGUGGGAUCGAUCUAAGUUAAGCAACUUCAGCUACAUGAAUAACGUAGCUGAAGUCGACAUACUUAGAUCGACUUACCGUGGUGUCUUCACCGUGGUGAGUUGACUGCUGCUGCUCCCCCGUUGACCCCGCCUGCGCUUCUCGCAGCGCAGAGAGAGCACUCGGGGGUCGAUUUAUCGCGUCUAGACUAGACACAAUAAAUCAAUCCCCGCUGGAUCGAUCACUGCCCGCCGAUCUGGCAGGUAGUGAAGACUUACCCUCAGAUGGCUAAGUCCCAUUUUCAAAAGUGACUUAGCAGCCUAAAUCAUUGAAAGUCAUUGAUUUCAAUAGGAGUUAGGGUCUAGGUCUUAAGUGUUUGUCACUUUUGAGAGUGUGAAUUAGCCAUCUAAGUCACUUGGGGUAGAUUCACAGAGCGGACUUAGGUGUUUCAACACCUAAUUCUCCAGUGCCCUGCCACCCAGUGGAAUUCACAGCCCUGAGUUAUGCAUCCAGGCCCCCCAAGCAUUGUAUGGGGAGAGUUAGAUGCCUGAUUCUCAGAAGCCAGCAAGCUGAGCAGGGAGCCACCGAAGCCAGCCAGGAGUGAAAUGCAGAGGAAAGGGCAGGGGUUAGGACCCAGAUCCACAAAGGCACUCCCAGGCCUUAAGUAUCUGACCAACCGGCAGGAGAGAUUCUCAGCUGUGGGGAGCUGCGGUGGACGCUCCACCUGCCCUGUGCGGGAGGUGGGCGGUUUCUCACAGCUGCCCGCCCGGAUCUUACCAUCAGAGCCUUGCACAGAUGCAAAAUUUGUAUCCGCAUCCGCACUGCUAUCCGCAGAAAUGGUUCACAGAUGUAAAGCGGAUACCUGCAGAUUUGCAGGGCCCUAGUUAUGGCACUUGCCUGGGAGGUGGGAGACCUGUUUUCAAACCCCUGCCUGAUUUGGAUUGGGGAUUUGAAUCAAGGUCUCCCAUCUCCCAAGUGAGCACCCACACCACCAGGCUAUUGGGUAUUCUGCAGUGGCUCUUUCGGUCUCUGUGUUGUACCUGUUCCAUUUGGUAUUAAAUAAAUAUUGGUGAGACGAGAGGACGCGCGAGAGAGACUGAGUAGCCUGAUGGUUAGGGCACUUGCCUAGGCUGUAGAAGCAGCAGGUACAAAUCCCUGCUCUGGUAAAUAUACAAACUGGCAUCACUCCAACAGGAGAGGGAUCCCCCCAGAAUAGCUUGGUGCUUAGGGCAUUCUCCAGUCAGCUGGGAAACCUGGGUUUAAGCCCUUGCUCCAAAUCAGGCAGAGCACGCAUUUAAAACUGGUAGAAACUAGGUGCUGAGGGGGACUUAGGCAGCAACUGAGUGGUGAUUUUUUUUGAAUGUCUGAGAGGCCUAAAAUGUUGGAUUUAUGAUCCUAUAUCCCUUUGUGAAUAUAGUGCUACCCUUUGCAACAGCGGGCGGAGCAAUAGCAAAAUAUCUUUACGAAUGUGGGCCAAAGUGUUCAGUGCUGUUCGAACAGAGUGUUCCCCUUGUAGCAAUUAAGCAGUUUUCAGUUGAUGUCGAUUUUAAGGAUGUGGUUUCAACUUCUAACCAGUUUAGAUCAAAUCCAAACAAGAGCUUAGUACAGAUGGUGAAGAAGUGGAUGAAGAAGCGACCAAUCCUUUGGCUCGGCUCCAUCCAUCCACUAGUAGACAAUGGAGAGUCACCCGCUCAGCUGUUGAGAAGAUGAAUGAAAAUUAACCUGCCCAGCAAAGAAAAAGCUAAACAAGCCUCAAAAUUAAGAGAGAAUAAGAUUAAUGAGAACCAGAAAAUUAAACAAAGCUACUUUGAUUUUUAGAAGAACACACUCGUCCAUCAUUUCAGCUUUGGCAACACCGUUCAUCCUUGUGCCUACACCACAAACAAGUGAUUAGAGAGGCAUAGGAAACACACAGAGCGCUCCAAAAUCCUAGCAAGUAUAUCAUGUGUUUGCUGCCCUUUGAUUUAAUAAACAUAUCCUGAGCUCCCAGAUACAACGUCUUGUGCAAAUGAACCAUUAGAAUUGUCAUUGUGGGAUAGAACAGAGAAAAACGGAGAGGUUAAUUGGUCUGAAGAAGAUAAUACAUUAAGAAGUUCUUAAACCACUACAGAAACUAAUUAAAAAUGUCAUACGUCUUUAUAGAAAUAAGUGUAUAAGGAGGUAAACGCUUGCUGGAGAGUGACGUGCAAGUUGCCUCUUCUGCUUGGAGAAGCAGAACGUAAAAAAUAGCUGUUUUCUGUGUAUGUGAUGUUGAAAUGUAUAUUGUAUACAUUGAGAGACAUUAAGGCAUUGUUUAAAAGAAGGAAGAGGUAGUGAUAUAAAUACUAGAGUUAAUAGAUGACUCUUAGAAUGUUAACAGGCAUAUGAGAAUUUGGAGAUGGCCCCUAAGAAUUAUUGAUGGAGGGCAAAAUUCUGCCCUGAAUUCUACACCAUCCAAUCCCACUGAAGGCAGUGGGGGUUGUUAGGGCAGGACGUGCCAUGUUGUUUUGAAGAAAAUGAUAGACUUGAUGGUGCAGCUAUGAAUUCUAGCUGAACAAUAAACUAGUUAUUCUUCUCA